GAGACAGAGACACGGGGAGAGAGACAGAGACACGGGGAGAGACACAGAGACACGUUGAGAGAUAUACGGAGAGAGAGUCAAGAGACACGGGUAAAUACAGACACGGGCCGAGAGACACGUGGAGAGAGACGGAGACACGGGGAGAGACACAGGGAAGGAGAGAGACAGACUGAGACACGGGGAGAGACAGAGACACGGGGAGAGAAAAACUGAGACACGGGGAGAGACGGGAAGACAAACACAGACAACAACAACACCACCACCACGGGGUAGAUGGACACAAAUGCGGCAUUGCCGUACAUCAAACAAGAAAAUGAAGAGAAUCCAAAUCCAGUGUUGGGCGCCGACCCGACGGUGAAGUGUGAAGGUGCCAAUGCCGUUGCCAAGCGAGGACCUCGCGGGAGCCCGGGGAGCGGCGACAAGUUGGCCGUAAUGGUAAAAACCGAAGUGGAGGAAAAUGCUCCGGAUGCGAACAUCGCUGGAGGUGAAGGAGCUGGCGAGGUGGCAGAGCACGAGGCAGUGGAAUCCCGCGGGUAUCUGGCCGCGCCGGUCCAGAACUUCAUCGAGGUGGAGUUGUCAGAGGAGGACGCGGCAGAUGAAGCGAGAGAAACGGAACUCCUGUGCGACGAGUGCGGGAAGGGCAGAGGCUUCGAAAUAAUGAAGACAGACAAAGCGCAACGCAGCAGCAGCAUCGGCAAGACGCAGGGAACCUGCAAGCGGUGCGGGAAGCCGAUGGAAGGCGCUGUGCCGUGCACGGUGGCGGUCACCGCCGAUGAGAGGAAGCUCGCGUGCAAGGAGUGCGGGAAGGGCUUUGCAACGCGCUCCACUUUGAACGCGCAUUUCCGAAUACACACGGGCGAGUGGCCGCACGUGUGCACGGAGUGCGGCAAGGGCUUUGCGACGCGCUCCAGCCUGGAGACGCACACGAGGACGCACACGGGCGAGCGUCCCCACGUGUGCGCUGAGUGCGGCAAGGCGUUCGCGCAGCGCUACCACCUGGAGGCACACUCGGUGUCGCACACCGGCGAGAAGCCGCACGUGUGCGAGGAGUGCGGCAAGGGGUUCACUCGCUUCUACGACUUAAAGGUCCACUUCAGGACGCACACGGGCGAGAAGCCACAUGCGUGCAAGGAGUGCGGCAGGGGAUUCGCGCACCGCUCCAGCCUGGAGGCGCACGCCGUGUCGCACACGGGCGAGUGGCCGCACGUCUGCGGGGAGUGUGGGAAGGGCUUCGCGCAGCGCUACAACCUGGAGAAGCACGCCAAGACGCACACUGGCGAGCGGCCGCACGCCUGCGUCGAGUGCGGCAAGGCGUUCGCGCACCGCUCCGACCUGGAGAGGCACAGGAGGACACACACGGGCGAGAAGCCGCAUGCGUGCGCCGAGUGUGGCAAGCGCUUCGCGAGGCGCUCCCACCUGGAGGUGCACUCCAUAUCGCACACGGGCGAGUGGCCGCACGCGUGCGGCGAGUGCGGCAAGGGCUUCGCACACCGCUCCGACCUAGAGGUGCACGCGAGGACACAUACGGGUGAGAGGCCGCAUUCGUGCGCCGAGUGCGGCCGGGGCUUCGCCCGGCGCUCCCACCUGGAGGCGCACUCAGCGUCGCACGCGGGCGAGUGGCCGCACGUGUGCGGCGAGUGUGGCAAGGGCUUCGAGCACCGCUUUUCUUUGGAGAAGCACGCGAGGACGCACACGGGCGAGAAGCCGCACGUGUGCGCUGAGUGCGGCAAGGGCUUUUCACAGAGCGGCCACUUGAAGCGACAUUCUAGGACGCACGCUGCUGAGUGGAAAUCUUGAAUCGAAGCAUUUUUUUUACUUCCCCUUUUCCCUCCCCCAUUUGGCUUCGAGCGAUGUUUUUUUUUUCGUUUUGGCUAAAUACGCUCGCCCAUCGUAUAUAUAGUUGCCGUAGUGUGAUGUUGUAUUAGGGAUAUAACAAAUAAACUGAAAAAAAUGUCACAUUUCUACGCAUAAAUGUACGUACAGGAAAAACGUUGCCCGAACCCGGGCUAUAUAGAAUGCGUGGUUCGGCUCUGCACGGUUUUACCUCAUGAGGUCUCUUUUCCGGGAUACAGGAGGCGAUGUUUCGGCUGCUAAGGUUCUUGUCUCCGUGUUGGAAAGUAGUGCUGUGAGAAUGCCAGCAUCCGUUGGAAGUUGUGAAUGAACCGACCGUCCUUCACGAGCCUCCUCCAUAGCGGCCGAUCUUGACACUGCUGUUACCUGUCAUCGGCAAGUCCACUCAGCUCCACUUCCUCCCCUGUCACAUCAGCUCCAUCUCUUCUCCAGCCCUUGCCACUCAACCACUCACUCACCCACUCACUCAUCCAUCACCUCCAUCUCUUCUCCAGCCCAUGUCGUGCCCAUUUAGCCCCCUUUAUCUGGCCAAACAGAAGCUGCUUGGACAUGCGGUGGGUGACUGGGCAUGCGGGCUACGUGACCCAGCCAACACAGCCUCGCCUACCGGAGGGGCUUACUGACUGGAAUGUGUCCAGAUCUUUCAAGGCUUUGUGAGAGAUGCUAACACACAGAGAUGUGCCUACCGCACCUCCGAUGAGCCACGUUUGGCUACGUACAGUGCGAAAGAAGUUCAACAUGCAUACGAACACACACACAGUUACAAUUUUCUGUACUGUGGGCGUGACUCAGCAAGUGG